UCAGCGACAUGGCCGUGCAGAAAUGAGUCCAGAAUGAUCGCACUUCAUCUGCGGUUAUACGAUUCUCUUUUACGCCAUUUAAGAGUCAUUGACUUUUAUUAGGCACAUGGACAAUAGGCAUUAUGGCUGACAUCGCAUGAAACUGUAUUUAACGCUAUUCAUGUCCGUUUUGUUCUUCAUAUUGCGACUGAUCGUGGAGUGUGAGAAUGUGUGCGCGCGUUUAUUAGGCGGAUUGUGAGUGUGGAAAGUCUCGAGGGUCUUCUCUGUAAAACAUCUCAAACAUAACUGAGGAGUCAUUUUAAAACUCUUUAGAAGGUCAGUCUGGUCUCAACUCACAACUUUCAACUUUCAGCUCAAAAACGGAGGAGUUUGGCACAAGCCAUGCACAUCAGAGUAUUUGAGAAGUGGUUCAUCUUCACACACUCUCAAGAGAGCUGCUCUUGUCCUCGGUGCGGUUCCCUGAGAUGCUCGGAGUUCAACUGAAUGAGACACAAGUGCUUUUUCCUGCGCACUCAUGAGACAGCACGCAGGGAAAUACGAGGCUGAAUCCAGCUUCUUAAUCAACUGCUUUUUAUUCAGUCUUGCUUCACAAUGGCAACAUUUCUGUUGAAAACGGCACUGGCUCUGUUGUGCCUCUUUUCAGCCACAAAAGCUGAAGUCUUCACAUCAAUCGGCCAAAUGACAGACCUGAUAUACACAGAGAGGGAGCUCGUUCAGUCUCUGAAAGAAUACAUCGAUGCAGAGGAGUCCAAACUUGAAGCUGUGAAGAGCUGGGCUAAAAAACUGGAUCUGUUGACACAUGUGUCCACUUUGGACCCUGAAGGUUUCUUGGCUCACCCGGUGAACGCCUACAAGCUGAUGAAGAGACUGAACACGGAGUGGUCUGAACUUGAGAACCUGGUGCUACAGGAUCCUUCAGAUGGCUUCAUCUCCAACAUGUCGGUGCACAGACAGUAUUUCCCUGAUGAAGAGGAUGAGAAGGGAGCAGCUAAAGCUCUGAUGCGUCUGCAGGACACAUACCGACUGGACUCUGAGAGCUUCUCUAAAGGCAAACUGCCAGGGGUGCGCUACAAUGCUCUACUAACAGUGGAUGACUGCUUUGACAUGGGGAAACUGGCGUACAGUGAGAAUGACUAUUAUCAUUCAGUGCUGUGGAUGCAACAGGCCCUCAGACAGAUGGAUGGUGGAGAAGACGCAAAGACUCUGAAGGCUGAUAUUUUAGAUUAUCUCAGCUACUCCGUCUAUCAGAUGGGUGAUCUGCCACGAGCCAUCGAGCUCACACGACGUCUGGUGGCCAUCGAUCCCAGCCACCAGAGGGCAAGAGGGAACCUGCACUACUUUGAGCGUUUGCUGUCUAAAGAGCAGAGGGACAUGGGUCAGAGCCAACAGGAGCUAGCGGAUGAGAGACCCAUUCAGCUGGACACUUAUGAGCGGCCCAAAGACUACCUGCCUGAGAGAGAGGUGUAUGAGGCUCUGUGCAGGGGAGAGGGCAUCAAAAUGACUCCACGGAGACAGAGCAGACUAUUCUGCCGCUAUCAGGAUGGAAACCGAAACCCACGUCUGCUGCUCAAGCCCAUGAAGGAGGAGGAUGAAUGGGACAGUCCUCAUAUCGUCCGCUUUCUCGAGGCCCUAUCUGACGAAGAGAUCGAGAAGAUCAAAGAGUUAGCCAAACCCAAGCUUGCAAGGGCCACAGUGAGAGAUCCGAAAACAGGUGUCCUGACAGUCGCCCAUUAUAGAGUUUCCAAAAGUGCAUGGUUGGAAGGGGAGGAUGAUCGAGUGAUCGCGCGGGUCAAUCAGAGGAUAGAGGACAUCACUGGAUUAUCAGUGGACACUGCAGAACUGCUUCAGGUAGCUAACUAUGGUGUUGGAGGUCAAUAUGAACCACAUUAUGAUUUCUCCAGGAAAGAUGAACCUGAUGCUUUCAAAUCAUUAGGCACUGGAAAUCGUGUGGCUACUUUUUUAAAUUAUAUGAGUGAUGUGGAGGCAGGUGGAGCUACAGUAUUCCCAGAUUUUGGUGCUGCUAUCUGGCCUAGAAAGGGAACAGCAGUAUUCUGGUACAACCUCUUCAAGAGUGGAGAAGGAGACUACAGAACGAGACAUGCGGCCUGUCCUGUUCUAGUAGGCAGUAAAUGGGUUUCAAACAAAUGGAUUCAUGAGAGAGGUCAAGAGUUCAGACGAUCAUGUGGCCUGACUAAAGUGGAAUGAUACAGUGAUAUCAGUGAUUAACUCAACAACACCUGCAGUGCCUUGACUCUUCAAACAUACACACACACACACACAAGACCCCCCAAAAAUUUAUUGUGGUGCCCAUCUGGACCAACAGCGAUCAGAGCUGCGCAGACUGGAUUAUGUGGGGUGUUCUCUCUGUAAGGGAUUUCAGUUUUAUUUCAGGUGCUUUAAUGUUUGUGUUUAUGUAAUGCAUAAAUUAUUGUCCUGUUUGUUUAUUUUAUAUUGCUAUAUGUUUUGCAAAUAAAAAUGUGUACAAGUUAAACGUCUUUGUCUGCCCUCGUUACA